GCCAUCUGGUAACCAAUCGGCUCGCACCUGGUCCAUUUGUUCUUUGUCUGAAUAGCGUUGUGCUGACACUUUCGCUCGAAGUGCCUACUGUUGGCCAUUCCCAGAAGAUGGAGGCUCAACAAGUUCAAAAACGGUCGGUAGACGAAGCGGAAGCGUUACUUGACGGCGUCUCAGCAGUUGUCGUUGACAUCGAAGGAACAACCACUCCGAUAUCGUUCGUCAAGAAAGUAUUGUUCCCUUACAUCACCGAGAAUGUAGAAACAUACUUGAAGAAUAGAUUUGAUGAUGACGAAACAAAGGAAGACAUAGCAGCACUUCGUGAACUGUCUUGUAAGGAUAUUGCUGAAAAGGUGGAAGGAUGCACAGAGAUUCCUAAUGGAGAAGCUGAUGAAGUAAUCAAAUGCUGUGUUGAGAACAUCAAAUGGCAGAUGUCACAAGACCGCAAGUCUACAGCUCUGAAACAACUGCAGGGACACAUGUGGAGAGAGGGCUAUAAAACAGGCAAAAUCAAAGCCAUGAUUUAUGAUGAUGUGGAACCAGUGAUCACACAACUGAUAGAUGAGGGGGUGUCUGUGUAUGUCUACUCGUCGGGAAGUGUGGAAGCACAAAGACAACUCUUUAGUCAUGUGGAGGAGGGAGAUAUCACAGAUUUGUUCACAGAUUUCUUUGACACGGCAAUUGGCUGUAAGACUGAAUGCAGCAGUUAUACCACCAUCUCACAAAAAAUAGAUGUGACACCUGACCAGAUUCUUUACCUCACAGAUAACCCAAAAGAGGGUGCAGCAUCUAUGCAGGCAGGGUUCAGAGUAGCAUUGGUUGACCGUGAAAAAAACCCACUCAUCACAAAGCAGGAUCACUGUGACUUCCUUGUGAUAUCAUCCUUUGGAGAACUCUUUGGUGAGGAUGACAUGGACCACAAGAGACUUGAAGGAAAUGGAGACCUAGAUGCCAGCGAUGAAGAAGUGGAUGAGGAUUGUGGUGAUUUGGAUGACGAUGAUGAUGACGAUGACGAUGAUGAAGUGGACGAAGAGGAGGAAGACUUAGGAGAGGAGGAUGACUAGUGUGAUGGUUCAACAAGUGGUUGUUGAUACAUGGAUAUUUGUCUCAUAUUACAGUCCUCAUCACUCGCAGCCAGUCUGACAUUGCAUGUGGAGAGAAUGGUGAAUGUAUUAGAAUGGGGAAAGGAUGUGUACAACAACUGUAUCAUUCACAUUAUUUAUAUUUAGUUACAUCAAAUGCAGGAUUAGAAGAUUUUUUUCCUAUAAUUGUUUCAAGGUACAUCUUCUUUCAAUUAAUUGAAGUCUUGCCAUGAAAAUUAAUCAAAUGCUCUUAGACCAACUUUGGUCUGUGAAUCUUUUUCAUUCUAUAUUUGGACAUAUUUUAUAUACUUUUUACAACUAAUUUAUUCUAUUAAUUUAUGCCUGUUGCUUUUUUUAUCUUUAUAAAGCAUAAGAGGUUUGUUUGAUCUAUUCGUUUGUAUGGAAUCACGUUUGGCAAAGUGAUUUAUUCUCCAUACUGUUUUUUUUAUAUAUUUUUAAAUUUGCUGAAAUAAAAUUUGUUAGUUUCUUAUUUUUAAUUUGUGAGUCCAGUUUAUCUGUCAGAAUUGUUAUGAUUUAUUUGUGUACGUGAUCAUAUAAUCUUUUUUUUUUUUUUUUUUUUCUCUAACAUUGGUUUAGAUCAACAACAUUGACUGUUAGUUUAUUGGUAAAAUGGCAGAUGUUGCUGUUAAAUGGCUAUGUAGGUGCUUUAGUACCCUAGCUGUUUCUUGGUUUGUUCAUAUAGUAGUUAUGUUUGAAGUGCUUUGGUACUUAAGUCAUUCUUGGAGUGUAUGUAAGAUUUUUACUCAUAAAUACCUUCUCUGAGGCAACUACAUAUAUAAAUAUUGUUUUCUAAGUCUGUACAAACCAGUGUUCUAUGAAUGGAUCUUUAGUCCAGGGUAUCCCUAUAUUUUUACUGUUAAUAAAUGUUAUCAAGCUAUUUUCUAUGAAAGUAUUUGUAAUUCUCAAUUUUUCAUAACCUAAGUUUUUUUUCAGCAUUAAAAAUCAUUUUUCAAUCCCACAAGGUAGAAAUUGUCUCUAUAUCUUUUCACAAAGGACAUGUAUGUGUUGCUGUAUGAUUUAAGUGAAAAUUGUUGAAAAAACUAAUGAGUCAACAAAGGUGGAUGUAUUAAAACAUGUACAAAAUUUUGUUGUGCAUGAAACAUUAAUUUAAAUGCAUAUUGAAAUUUUUACACUACAUAACAGCACGAAAUUACCAAAUUUUUGCGAGGUAAAAUAAUGAUUCGUCAAAAUAUCCAGCAAUAGGAGGCCUGUGUCUGUAUUCUCCAUUCUAGUUCCACUCUAGCCAGGAGUGUGAAUAUAUAAGUGAUGUUUGUCGUUUACUCUUCAUUACACUUUACAUAGGAUUUAGUAUCAUUGUUGUGUUCAAAUAUACAUGUAUUCAUAUUUUUUAUGUUGGGUCAUGUGCAAACAAAAAUGGAAAAAAAAAAUUAGGUGUUCCGUAGUCCUGUGUCAAUUCUUCUAAACUUUGUGUAGAGGACUGGUCCAUCUCAGUAAAGUGGAAAUCUGAUCUUGGUGUUUUCAUAAAUAGGAUGUUCAUUUUCAGGUGCUUGAAUUUAUCAUGUAUACUAUACAGACAACAAUAUUGGUAUAUUGAGUAUUUUGCAUGCAAAUCCAAGCCAGAUUUACAUUCUUGGAAAAGAUGUAUUCGAGAAUGUAAUCCUAGAAAUAUUUAUGUAAAACAUAUGUCGCAGAAUACCUACAAUAUAUUACACAGAUCAAUGCAAGUUUGUAACAUUAUUUCUGUGUUCUUAACCAGGGUACUGGUUUGGGAAGAUAAACCGCUACUGUUAACCAGUUGACCCAGGAUAGGUGGUCUAGAUAUUGCAGCCGUCGUAUAUUUAAUUAUUUAGGACAUUCUUUAUGUUUAAUACUUAUUUUUUUAUUGGUCCAAUAAAUUAAGCAUUAUGACAUGGCAGUAUUUAUAGUGAAUGGAAUUUUGUCACUAAUUUUGAUGGCCAUGUGCAAUUCAUUUGAAAUAUUUUUUACUGAAAUAUUUUUUGUUCAUGAAUAACAUUUAAUAUUGUAUGAAAAUAAAAGUAGUUUUACAACCGUGUGUAAAAUA